AAUGGACUGCUGAGUGGAACCUUUCGUCCUAUCGCUUCUUACAACAGGAGGAUUGAAGCCGAAGGCAGUUAAUCAAAAUGCCUGAGGAGAUGGCGGACGGUGGGAGAAAGYUUGUAACGCUCGACGACCUCAUCGAUGCACUGGAUAAGCGCGAGAGAGCGCCRAGCAAUGUCCCGAAGGUUGAUACUUUCCACUUCAAGGRAGAACGGGUGUCCGACUGGCUGGAUCUGACGGAGCAAGCACUGGUAGGGUUGUCGGACGAGGUCAAGCUCCAGCGAGUCCUAAGAUACGUCCUUCAUAGCCACCAUCAGGAAGUGGGCAAGGUCGUGGAUGCCGCCAAUGGUGGUUGGGCGAGGUUCAGGGACAUGAUGCAGAGAAAGUACAGGUUGGGGGAUGGCUUGCUAACCAUGGCGGAUUUGGAGGCCAUGAACAAGGAUGACUUCUCCACGAUUGGGGCGUUUGUGCACCAGUUUAAAAGGAAAGUGCGGAAGGUGCACGGGAUCUCCGAAGAAACACAGUGUGUCAUAGUUUUGGGUCUGCUUACUGGCUCGGAGGCCUCGGAGCUGACGGGCCACGAAGGGGGAAAUGAAAAACUCACCUGGGCCACUAUCGACAAAGGGGUGGAAGAGGGGAGCUUGGACCAGGUGGAGCAGCACCAGGUGCGGCUGCAAAGGCUCAAGAGAAAGGAAAGGGACGCCACCGCGUCCGGGACCCCACGGGUGAAGAGGAUCGUCAUGGAUGUAUUGGCAGCGCUGGGGUAUGAUAAUGAGGCAGAAGUGCAAAAGAGGGGAGUGACCGUGGCCCAAGGCCGGGCGUUGGGGGCAGUGGAAGAGGAGGCUAGGCGCGAGGACUAUGGCGGAGAAGAGACGGGCUCCCAGAUCCUAACCAAGGCCCAGAGGAAGCAGCGGAAUUUACAAGUGGGAGGUCAAGGAUCCGGAAAAGGGCAGGUCCCGCAAGUGAUUGCUGUGUCGCCACCUGCUGCCACGACAGCGUCAGCGACGGCUGGGCCGUCAUGUAUGGGGCCGCCGCCGGCUUGUGGGCACUGGGUGCCGCAUUGUCAGCCUGCAUCCUGGCCCAGUUGUAAUCACUGCCCCUCGUGCGGGGGUAGUCAAACUCAGCCCGGGCAAAUGGUUCCUUAUGCGGGCCCAGCAGCAAGUAUGGGGCCCCCGAACUACCCUGCGGCCCAGGGUCAGUUUGUGGCCCAACCACUUCCCUCCCAACAGGCCUCGCAGGUCAGUGUGGCCGGUGGAGGAAACCAAGGACAAGGCGGACAAGGCAAUGGAGGCCGAGGUCAAGGGGGUCGAGGAGGUGGCGGCCGAGGCCGAGGAGGAAAUGGUGGGGGUCGAGGGGGUGGUUGGAAUAGUCAGGGGGGUCAGAACCAAGGUGGCCGAGGUGGCCAAGAGGGGGCCAAGGGUAUGGGAGGCCCGACUUUGAUUGGCGAAACGCCACCUGCUGGCAUUGUAGCGAGGUGGGCCACACUAUACGGUUCUGCCAACGGCGGCGAGAUGAUGAGUUGGCAGGUGAAUUUGGUGAUAAGGAACCAGAAGUGUACUGGGAUGGUGGACACGGGCGCAGAGAUGAACAUCAUCAGGGAGAAGGAGGCGGUGAUGAUAGGCACGGAGAUCGACUGCUCGGACCAUGGCAUGCUGCAUGACGCUAACUGCACGGCCGCUUUUUGCGGCACAGCGUCAAAUGUGACUAUAGAGAUUGGGAAGGUGCGAGCCAGAACUUGCUUUUUCGUUAUGCCCGAUAUCGAUCACCCCAUCCUUUUGGGGCGUUCGUUCCUGUGUCGGACGGAAAUGUUGAUCUUCAACAAGCACGACGGAAUGAUGAUCCUGCUCCUGUGCGACCCGACAUGUGGGAAUUAUGAAGUUAUCACCUGCCGGAACACGGGGCCGGGGAGCGGGAGGAAUAGGCCCAAUCUAGGCUCAUUCACCUUUGAGGAAUCAGAGAACGAGCGGAGACGGCUUUGGGAAGUCCCCGAGGAGGAASAUAGGGCUAAGGUGCUGACAUUGAGCCUCACGGAUGUGAAUAAGGCCAUGGAGGUGGUAUCGACUCACGACAUGGUGGAUCCGGAGGCCAUUAAGGCAUUGAGGGAACAAGUUUUGAAGAACCCUCAGGAAGGGGAGGUGGAGUUGGUGUCUAACUUUUCGAAGACAGCCAUGCAGAGGGGCGGGAGGGGCGCGCGGCCACGACAGAGGCCUCAGGGAGCAUCAGGAGGGGAUGACUCGCGCAGACCGGUUGGGAGGGAGUCCAUGCCUAUCUUCGACGACGGUAACAUAGAGUUUUUUCUGGACUCCUACCAGGCACAUGCGACACGGGAGGGCUGGUCCGCCUUGGAGAGGAUACGACACCUAAGGGGAAUUGGGCGUUUUGAGGAGCCUAUGACGCGCAUCCGGGAGGAGGCUUUGACCUGGCAGGAUGUGGAGGCGAGGAUGCAGAUGCUGAGGUCUUCGCCAAUGGGACCAGAUGGAUUGCCUAUUCGAUUGGAGGAAGGCGAUGCGGAGGAGUUCAUCCCGGCCUAUGAGCAGUAUAUGCGCGGCCAAGGGACUGGGCAGGAGGAGUGGAUGCAGAUGCUGCCCCUCUGGACGCGGAGGGCGGAGAGCGAGGAGAUGUUGGGGCCCCCGCCGGAAGCUACUACGCCACCCGCGACGCAGGCGGAGCCAGAGGGGGGCGAGAGGGCGAGGACACCUACUACUGUGGCACCGCAACUAACUGAGUCUACAAGUGCACGCAUGGAUGUGGAGGUGCCGACAUCCGGGGAGCCUCCGCCAGGGCCGCCACCCGCAGAGGAGGGGACAAGUGAGAGAGAUCCAUUGCGAGAGGGUCACGAGGGGAGGACAGGGAAGCCACCGGGGGAGACGAAAGAAGAGAAGCGCGUGAGGGUGCAGGUACGCCUCGAAGAGCUAUACAAGGAAAAGCUUAGGAUGGAGACCUCAGGAGAAGCGCCAAAGCCGCCAAUUGACCCUCCGACGAGCGAGCCGAGGAUUAGUGAGGCUUGGGCCAGCUAUGAGAGCGAGAGGGAUGCGGCUCGCCUGAGGUCGCGAGAGGUACAGGGGCUCUUUGGCCGGGAAGGAACGACAGAGCCACCUCAGCAAGGAGGGAUGGGGAAGGUAUUCCUUGACCCAAUAGAGGCGGCAGCACGGCGGGAGGCCGAGGAGGGGAGGUUCAGCUUUAGGACGCCCACGGAGUUGGCCUCGCAACAGGCCACCCCUAUGACGAUUGAAAUCCCUGAGGGCGAGCCGGCGCAGGGACCCCAACCUCCAGUGGAGGAAGGGGGCCCCACAGAGGAGUCCCCUACGAUCCUUUUGGAGAUGCAGGAGGGUGCCCUUACGGGAGCAGCAGCAUCCACUGAGCCGGAGGCAAUGAGGGGAGAGGCGUCUCGACUGGAUGAGUUAGUGGCGGGCCUGGCGGCUACAGAGUUGGACAUGCCGUCAGGAGAGCCUCAGAGACAGAAGACCCCAAAGCGUGUGCCAGAGAUAGGGGAGCUGAGGACGCAGUUAGGCUCUUGGGCUACUCGAGCUGACUCAGGAGAGCACAUCUCAGAGCARCAGCAGGAAGUUAUGAGCGAGUCAGCGACUGCCKYGACUCCCCAGCCUUCCGACCUGCAUAGGGACGAGGGGGCGACUGCGAGGGGAGGAGUCCGCGAGGGUAGGCCACUGAGAUUGGACACUCCAGCGUACCGACCCGAGGGAGGUGAGGCGAUAGCAGGGCCGAGUACCCAGAUGAUGGAGGUGGGGCCUGCAGAGUCAUGGAGUAUGCCCCAGAGCCAUGAGAUGAGCAGGGAAACUAGCGAGACGCCGCCGUUGCCUGGGUCCCAAAAGAAGAAGAGGAGGUGUCGAGGGAGAUCAGACGAUCAGUGCUUCUUCUGCAAGGACGGCGUACAUAGAGCUCUUGAAUGCCAGAAGUUCCUUAAGGACAAGGCGGCUGGGAGAGUAACAGAGAGUGGUGGGAGAAUGUACGACAGGUAGGGGCGAAUGGUAGAGCGGGCUCCAGAUGGGGGUAGGGCACAGUUAUAUAGACAGAACCAGGAGGCUAUGAAUGAG